ACAGGACACAAUGUGGCUGUCUAUGCUUUCUGUAUGGGGCAGCCUGCUAACCUUAGUGGCAUCUCAGAGCUGCCUGGAUGCAUCUGAGAACAGCGCUUCAUGGGUGAGGUUAAAACCUCUAGGGCAGUGCAAGGAUGGGGAAAGUACAUGCCCUUAUCGUAUCACUCUUCCUCCUCUUACUGUUCAGCUUCCCAAGCCCUUCAGGGAGUUGGAGAAGAUGGCCAGAGAACUACAAAGCCUGACACAGAUGGUGAACAAGCUCAAAGAGGACUGUCGUGUGUGUAAGGAGAGGCAGGGAAUGGACUGGAACGUACGGAAAGAUGAUGAAGGGGAGGAUGGAGAAAGGAUUCAAGCUUUUAGGGGUGCUCUCAAUACCAAAGAGAGAGAGCAAGACAUAGCCGAGAGGGAGAGUACAGUUCAAGUGACUACUCCAAGAUCUGCACUGGAAGACACUAUGAUCGUCAGCAGCAAUACAAAGGAUGUAAAACCAACAGUUUUCGGAAAACAAAGAAAUACUAAUCAGGAGAGGAAUGUAAACCCACGUACCACUAAACCAAGGGCUGAGACCAAGCAACGGCCAAAAGGAUCUAACCCUUUGCAAAAAAAUCAGAAAAGGGUAAGUUUGGGUAAGAUCGGAUACCCUGUGGUUACUGUCGUUACAGAGGGUGAUGAUGAUGUUGUAGAAACAACGCAACUGCAAACACCAAAAGAUGAUAAAGUACUGGGGAAAAAACGACUAAUGACUGGCACUGAUGCUCAAAACAACAGAGAACUUGAACCAAACAUGAAACAACUCACCAGAAAACAACAGGACAAAGAGGAUAAAAAAGAAGAAGCUGUUGACACUGGAUUAAAAGAAUCAAGAUCCAGUAUUACUGAAGACACUAACAAUGGCAAUGUUGCUAAAGAAGGUAGCAUCAGUGUAAUACAACAGCCAACUUUGAAAAACAAGGGAAAAAAGGAAAAGAAUAAUCACGGUGAUAGCUUUACCAAGCCGAAACCAUUAAAACCUGGAGGAUAUUCAGAGAGGGAUGCUGAAGUGAAUUCAAGAUCACUUAACACAGAUGACACAAUUAGAGGACAAAAGAAGUUAACGUCACCCAUCACAGGUAGCGCUAAUGCCUCAGUGAACGUAAGUCAAAUAAAUCCACAAACACUGGAAAUUAAAUCUAAAAAUGCAUUUAAAUCUGAUACAGAUGCAAAGAUGGACACUGGAAUCAAAUCAAAAUUUAACACAGCAGAGACAGGAAGUGGACAGGUGGCGUCAAGAUCACCCAUUUCUGGCACAACUUAUGGCACAGUUGAUGUAAGUCCAACAAAUCCACAAACACUAGACAGUAAAAGACAAUUAGCCACUGCCCCAGAUUCAGAGAGUGGCGCUGGAAUUAAUUCAAACCCAGCUGAGACAGUCAGUGGACUAAAGAAAUCAAGAUCACCCAUCUCAGACAGAACUAAUGCCACAGCUGAUGUCGAUCUAAUAAGUCCAAAAAGAGAGAGCAGUAACUCUCAAACCUCAUCAAAAUCUAGCAAAAAUGCAGAGCUUAACACUGGAAUGGAUUCAAAUCCUGUUAACAAAACUGAGACAGUACAUGGACAUGAGACGUCAAGAUCACCCAUUUCUGGCAUAACUGAUGGCAUAGUUGAUGUACAUCCAACAAAUCCACAAAUACUAGACAGUAAAAACCAAUUCACUACUGGAACAGAUUCAGAGAGGGAUGCUGUAAUGGAUUCAAACCCAGUUGAUAAUGUCGAUACAAUCAAUGGACUGAAGAAUUCAAGAUCACCCAUCUCAGGCAGACCUGAUGCCACAGGUGAUAUGGAUCUAAUGAAUCCGAACAAACAGAGCAGUAACUCUCAAACUGCAGUAAAAUCUAGCAAAGAGAGCAAUAUUGGAAUGAAUUUAAAUCCAAUCAACAGACUAAAGAAUUCAAGAUCAACAAUCUCAGGCAGUACUGAUGGCACGGUUGAUGCAAGUCCAACAAAUCCACAAAUAGUACAAAGUAAAAACCAGCUCGAAGCUAGCACAGAUUCAGGGACUGAUGCUAGAGUGGGUUCAAAUCCAGUAAAUAACGUUGAGACAAUCAGUGAAGAACAGACAUCAAGAUCACCCAUUUCUGGCAUAACUGAUGGCAUUGCUGAUGCAAGUCCAACAGAUCUACAAAUACUAGAUGGUAAAAACCAGUUCAGAACUGGUACAGAGUCAGAGAGUGAUGCUGUAAAGGAUCCAAACCCAGUCAUUGCUACAGUUACUGAACAAAUGAAUUCAAGAUCAUCCAUUUCAGAUAGAGCUAAUUACACAGCUGAUCUAGAUCUAAUUAAUCCACUAUCACUGAACUCUCAAAACCCUUUCACACAUGGCAGAGAUGUAAAGAGUAACACUGGAAUGGAUUCACAUCCAUUUAAUACAUCUGAGACAGUCAGUCGACGCCAAACGCCAAACUCACCCAUCUCAGACAGAACCGAUACAGAUGAAGUAAAUCAAGCAUAUCCAGGAACACUGGAUGGUACCUUUAAAAACCCAUUCAAACCUAUGAUUAAUAAGGAGAGGAAAGCUGAAAAAGAUUCAAACCCACUUAACAAAGUUGAGACAAACGGUCCACUAGAAAUGCCACAAUUAACAGUCAAAGGCAGAGCUGAUGCUACAGUGAAUGUAAAUCCACAAAUAGUAUACAGUAACUCUGAAAAUGCCACAGUGGUGUCAACUCCAGUUAACAAGGUUGAGAUAGCCAGUCAUCUAGAAACACCAAAAACGCCCAUCUCAGACAGAGAUCAUGCUGCAGCUGAUCAAAUAAAUCCACAAGCAAUGGACUCCAAAAAACGAUUGAAACCUGGUACAAUUUCUGAAAGGAAGGCUGGAAUGUAUCCAAAGCGACAUAACACAACUGAUACUGGAAGCCAACGAGAGACAUCAGAAUCACCUGUAUCUGAUUCCAGACUUGAUGUAAGUGAUACGAAUCCCAGUCUGAAUAGUAAUGAUGACCUACCCAAAAGACGGUUUCUGCCAAAAUCAAAACUUAACAUGACACAACCAAGGAAUGGACAGAUUAACCCCAUGAGUAUAGACACGAAAAGAAAAAAGGCACUAAUGAGCAACAAAACUACAUCAUUGAGAAGUGAUGCGAUUACAAGCGGCAGGCACCCGCCCACUGGACUUGUUUCUAGGAAGUUAGCGAAGCAGCAAGAAAUCAAAAACCAACCAGAAAGAACCAGCCCAACCUCUGGACUAAGUCUAUAUAAGGAUCGUAGCCAUAAAAAACCGUAUGUUUUGCAAAAAAAGCCAUAUAUUUUACGAGGAAAUCCAGUAAAUGAAACUGAAGCAUCUGGCCCAGGAGGGACAGCAAACAAAAGUGGAGUGAUUGAUUAUACAAUGAGCAAAGAAACAACACAUGUUGAUUCUAAAACUGUAUCCAGCCCUAAUAAUGAGCUAAAUAGCACAGCCUAUGACACGAGUCAAUCAGUCAUGCCUACUUUGGCAACACAGGAUAUUGUGGAUCAAGCUCAAUUAAAAAGAGCAAAAACUGCCCCUACCGUUGAAGUAUUGCACAAAAUAAUUAAUCACCAAACGGAAAGUACCUCUGAAAUUACUGUGAUCAAACCAAGACUUGCAAAACCUGGUAGUAGUUCAGGACAGGAUCUGGUCUUGGACACAGUAAAUAAUAUUGGAAGGGACUCACAACCUCCUGUUGUGGCAGAGACAAAAGGCACUGGUAGAAGAACAGGACAAACCAAAGUCAAAACUAGCGGUGUAGAUUCCAACCAGGAAAACCAUAAGAAACCCCUUAGAGUAGGAAGAAUUCAAAAUAUUGGUGGAAAGAUGCCUCUAGUUGUGGUAAGCAGUGAGAAGAAUGAGUUAAACUAUCCAACUACUGCAGCCACCCCAUACACGAUAAAAACAGAGUUUAAGGACAAAUAUAGCAAAAUGUCUCAGUUUACGCCUACUAUAACACCACCACAUUUCAUGGAUCAAGAUCAUGCCAAACAAGCCAAAACCACUUCUGGAGCAAAAGUGUCAAAUCAGAAUGUUCAUCACAGACUCAAAAACUCCAGCCAGGAAAUGGAGCCCAAAAGGUCUCAUAGUGACACUGGAAACAAAAAGUUGCAGAAUGCAAGCAAUGGUCAAGAGUCCAAUGUGGUGACAGAUUUUCAACCCAGCUCUUUGGACAGCAUUCAAAACAGAACAACUGGCUCAAUGGCUAUCAUUAUGGACAAAGUCAAGGCCAGUACAGUCUCAAAGGUGUCAACCAUGUCUAAAGAAAGCACAAAUGAAAACAGAGCAAAAGACUCAAACCCUGUUGUUAUAGACAAGCUUGAGGCUAGUACAGAGGCAAAUUGGGUAACCCCAGCCUCAGACAAUGCUCCUUUCAAAGAUCAUAGAUAUAGCAAAACUCCAAUAGGAUCUGAUGACUCAGUAGAGCGCAAUAAUGGAGGACAUCCAAUAGAUUACAAUAAUGGGAACUUUAACCCAGUUGCUGUCAACAGAAUGACUGGGGCAACCUUACACAAAAUCCCAGCUGGGCACACCAACAAUGAAGAUAACAAGAAACCACUCACUAUUAGCAACAUGGACGAUAGACAAGCUUUAGAGAAGCAGCUGCUCAGCAACUGUCAUGGUCCAUGUGAUCUCGGUCCAACUCUUCAGUCAGCGCUCAACAGCCGUGAAUCAUCAGACAACAAAAGAGAUAACCCCCCCCGAGACUGUUCUGACUUCAUCUUGAGAAACCCAACAAGUGGCAUCUACAAUGUGACACCAACUGCAUCAGACAACAGGACUUUCCCUGUCUUCUGUGACAUGAAGUCCUCUGGUGGAGGUUGGACAUUAAUUCAGCAUCGCUUCGAUGGAAGCAUCAGCUUCAAUCGUACCUGGAACGACUAUAAGAAGGGUUUCGGUAAUUUAUCGGGUGAGUUCUGGCUAGGUAAUGACAAGAUCCAUUGGCUGACAACAACAAAAGCCAUGGUACUACGCAUUGAACUUGAGGAUCUAGAUGGAACGAAGGAAUAUGCCCAGUACGACCACUUUCAUGUGGCUAACGAAAGCCAAUUCUACAGGCUGACGAUAGACGGAUAUUCAGGCACAGCUGGAAAUGCUAUGCAGUACAGCAAGAAGUUCAACCACAACCAAAAGAACUUCACCACCCCAGAUAGGGACAAUGAUCAGUAUGCAUCAGGAAACUGUGGAACCUACUACAGCUCUGGAUGGUGGUUUGAUGCAUGCUUCGCUGCAAACCUGAACGGGAAGUAUUAUCAGACAAAAUAUAGAGGAGUGCGAAACGGCAUCUUCUGGGGCACCUGGCAUAAUAUUACCACUGAAUCCUACCUAACCCAUGACCGACAAUCUUUUAAGACUGUUAGAAUGAUGAUCAGACCCAGGACAGGGUUUCUGAUGGACUAGUUGUUGUUGAUAGAGAAAAUUCCAAGGACAGCUGUUUAGCUGCCACUUUGAGAAAGAAGUUGUACAUACACUAAAUCUGCUUGGACAAGUUCUGGGGAAAAUCCCUUUUCCCUUUUAGCGAACUGUUAUGCGCAAUUAUAAUACUACCCGAGUCAGUAUAGUCCCAGGACAUUAGGACUUUGCUAGUGUUAAGACAUGUUUAUUUCUGGUUAACAAUUUGGUCCAUUUACACUCUAUGAUGCAGAGAGGCAGGUCGGACUCAGAAUAAAUAUUUAUGAAGGUGACUUAUACAAAGUCCUUAUUUUUAAAAUGAUCUUUGGUGAAGUAAAAGGAUGGAAGCCAGGAGUAAAGCACAAGACAGUAAAGGUGAGGUGCUUGGGUGAACAAGAUAGAAACUGGACCGUGUUCAAAGGGAAAUCUUAUCUAAACGAUGAAGUGGUUUUACUUUACAACAAAACCUUCCUUCUAUUUGGAAUAAUUACAUGCUGUGGAAUGUGGGAAUAAAAGGGUUUUUAUAUGCACUAAUGUUUAAUGGAGGGUGAAAAAUAUAACCAUACAGGACACAGAGCUGGAUGAUCCUAAUGUUUUUACCAGUAUAAAACUGAACACAUUUCACCGUUUUGCUUUUAAUACAUAGCUAUUCACACACACACACACACCCAUCCGCCUGCUGUUUUAUGCAGUUCUCUAAUCAGCCGAUCCCUUGACAGCAGCAUGAUUCAUCAAGUCAUGCAGAUCCAAAUCAAGAGCUUCGGUUAAUGUUCAUUUCAAACAUCAGAAUGGAAAAAACUGUGAUCUCAAAGUUUGACUUUCUUUCACUGUGGCGUGGGUGUUGGUUUGAGCCAGAUGGACGGGUUUGAGUAUUUCAGAAACUGCUGAUCUACUGGGGUUUUCACACACAACAGUCUCUAGAGUUUACACAGAAUGGUGCGAAAAACAAAAAACAUUGAGCGAGGGACAGUUCUGUGGGUGGAAAUAAACGCCUUGUUGAUAAGAGAGGUUGGUUCGAGCUGCCAGGAAGGAUAUAGUAACUCAAAGCAACUCUCAGAACCGUGGUGAGCAGAAAAGCAUCUCAGCAUGCAACAGCAGAAGAGCACAUUGGGUUCCACUCCUACAGCCAAGAACAGGAAUCUUAGAAUCAAGAACAAGUUCCUAUUAAAGUGACUGGUGAGUGAGUGUGUGUCUAAUAUAUAUAUAUUCCACUGUAUGGACAAAAAAGCUUAUCAUUUUUUAAGACAAUGCUUAAAAAUACAAGAAUCUGUUGAAGAGCAUGAACAGUGUUGUAUGAAUGAACUCAUGCUGUUUAUAUACAAUAAUUCAUACAAUUACUACAUUAUGUUUAAUACUGUAUGAUGAUUUUGCUCCAUCACAGUGUAUACCAGCUCUAUAUUUACAUUUUAUGGUUUUUACUCAGUUUCUGCACUCAUAUUUCUACUAAGCUAACCACUGGACCACAGCGAACUGGUAAUUAUGUAAUGAAUUAAACACAUUUUUAUAAAUACCUGCAAACAUUCAAGGUUUCUAUGACUACAUCAGGGAUGGUAAAAUGUACAACAAAGUCAAUUCAAAUUAAAAAAAAAUUCAACAUACCAAUAAUAAGCCAUAGUAUGUUUCUGUUAUCCUGAACAGGACUCUUCUGAUGUAGCCUCACAUUUUUCUUAAUACUGGGUAAAAUCCAGAUUUUUAAUUGCAAAGAUUUUUAAAGGAGACAGAAACACUCCUGAGACAUUCCCGCCCAGGUAAACGUGAUGGUAUCACAUAGUUUUGACACAUUUAGGCCAUAAAUCUGACGUUCCACUGCAUCCCGAAGGUUCUCUAUUAGACCUGGUGACUGGAGAAGAAGCAACUGGAGUUCACUGAUAUACUGUCAUGCACGUUAAACCGGUUUGAGAGGGUGUGUGCAACAUUUUCCCCAACAUAGUUUAUGUGCGUUUUUCAUCUCAUCAUUAUCUCAUUAUCUCAAGCCGCUUUAUCCUUCUACAGGGUCGCAGGCAAGCUGGAGCCUAUCCCAGCUGACUACGGGCGAAAGGCACCCUGGACAAGUCGCCAGGUCAUCACAGGGCUGACACAUAGACACAGACAACCAUUCACACUCACAUUCACACCUACGGUCAAUUUAGAGUCACCAGUUAACCUAAGCUGCAUGUCUUUGGACUGUGGGGGAAACCGGAGCACCCGGAGGAAACCCACGCGGACACGGGGAGAACAUGCAAACUCCACACAGAAAGGCCCU